ACAGAACUGUCACAUUGGACGUACUUGCACCCCUACUCGUAUCGCCUUGGAUGGAUUUAGAAAAUGACGUCGUUGUGGACAGCGAAGGAGAGGACGAAUACUUUCCUUUGCCAUCUCUGGGCUCUCCUGCACACACGAGGAUCCAAAGACCAACUGUUAAUGAUUCCAUUUCAACUUUGGGAAUUCACCAAGGAGACUCUUCGCAUAUAUCAGAGUAUACAAGCAAGCCGUCUUCUCACCUCGAAUCCAUUUCUGUCUUCGCCAGUAAACCGCAAAUCUCGUCACAGCCAGUUCCCGAAAUUCCAUCAGAACCAGUAAAGUCUCAGCGGCCUCGUCCUCGUCCCAUAUACAAAAUGAAACAAGCGCCAUCGAUCAGCGACAUAUCUGUAGGAGAUUUCUCUGCUGGUAGCGUCCUAAACAUCGCAGAUCGCGCCAAGAUGCGUUCCCGAGCACCUAAACCUUCAAAAUUGAAUGCUCUUUCUUCAAAGAGUUCCACUACUUCUGGGAUAUCCUUAGGGGUCAUCGAUAUCUCUUCGGACGAUGGCAGCGACGAGUUGAAUUCACUUCCGAAGGGCAAACCCAACACCCGUAAAGGAAAGCAAGUCUCUAGAACACAGAAGGUGACACAUAAUGCUAGCAAAUUUCCCCAAUGUUCUCCUCAUCAACCUACAUCCCCUACAUCAAAGUUACCAAGUUAUCCUUCUUUCAUAUCCGGCGACAAAGACACGAGGGUCCACUACGAUCAUCCGUCGAUUGCCACCCUCAUAGAGUCCAACACGAGCCCAAGAGGCUCCUCUCCCUUACCAUCCCGACGAAGGCUGCAUGCCGUCGAAGGUGACGACGUCUGUGACCAAUUGGACAGUGAUAUGCCUUCUGCCUUCUUUGCGUCCUCUUCACCAGGCCCCGAUAAACCAGCAGAGUACCAGUCCCAUCCCAGUGAUGUCCCUUCACUGAGUCCUUCCAUACCGGCUAAGAAAGACAAGCCCACGAAGAAGGGAAGAAAGAAAGAUACCAAGCAAAAUGAGGAGGAAGAGCCUAAAGGGAAAUCUAGGUCAAAGGAGAAGAAGACUAAGGAGACGAAAUCAAGCGCGGCGGCUAAGACGAAAGGCAAAGGAAAGAAGAAGGAGAUUUUUAAGAGCAGCGAAUCCAUUGAAGACGAUAGUAUCCACAAGCUCGAACCGUUCUCCAUCCUCACAGAACCCAGCGUCACUCCUGACCAAGCGGACUCUUCGAGUGGCCCCCCAAUGACGGUUGAAGACCCUGCAGUCAUAUCUAGACCAGGAAGAAAGCGCAAGGAGGCGACUAGUGAUGAAGCGGGUGGAAAAACGGGAGAAACGUCGGAAAAGAAGAGGAAGACAGAGGGUAUGGGCAAGAUCGGUCAAUCCAAAGCAAAAGCGAAGAUGGUCAUCUUAUCUGAUGAUGAAGAUACUUCCGAACACUCAGCGCCUUAUCCCGACGAGGUCAUGCAAGUGGAAGAGACUGACAAGCAGAUCGCGCCUGAAACGCGACCUGCGAGCACCGAAACAGCAAAAGGAGGUACAAGGGAGAACCUACGACCGAAGCCCUCCGGAAUAGAAGCAGAGACGAGCAUUAUGCAAGACUCCGAUACGCCGAAGGGAAAGGAUCCAUCUCUUAUUUCUCGACACUCGAUUGCUCCUCGUUUCAAACCAACACCUAUGAGUGAGCUCAUUCGUCGUGUAAACUCCUUACCCAGCUCUCCCUUUCCAGUGGGACGCCCUGGACGGUCGAUACCUGGGACAGCUUACUCACCCUACCUGAAAUCCAACAAAAUGGCUUUAUCGCGUAUUGCUCCUUUACAUCCGAACAGACGUACACCGCCGGCGCCAUUGCCUCCACCACCGGCCCCGAAGAAAACCAAGAAGGAAAGGGAGAGGGAGGAGCAGUGGGAAGAAGAACUCAUUGAAGAAGUUGGAGGAAUGACGGAAUGGGUUUCGAUGACUGAUGUGGAGCGAAGGGACAUGCGACGAAUGAAGAGAGAACGUGAGAUGGGUGGGUGGGAAGAUUAGCACAAGUACGUAUUGUCGAUGAUGUAAGCAGACAGCGAAUUCGCAGCAGCGCAGCCAUUCUCAAUCCA